AUGAAUACUUACCAGUUCGUGGAAGCUAUCAUGUGUAGUUACGACACAUCGCAAGGUAGCAAAGAGUGGCUCGAUUCAUUGCACGUGUCAAAAGAAGGCAUUAUCUUAGACAAUAGUGAGAUAAGGAACUGCAACAAAAUGUCGCGGCCUUCGGCGAAAAAAACUAAUCGCUUGGAGAACAAAAGGUUGAACGAACUAAAUAAGAAGGCGUCAAGAGCACAGGGAUACAAGGUUUUGGAAAAACGAUCAAUUUUUUCAGAAGAUGAUGACAGUGAAAAUGAAAGGAAAGAUGAAUUAGACCUGGAAGAGAGUGAUGGAAGAAAUUAUUCUGAGCCGGAUGACAAUGUCGUCAUGACGCACGAGGGCAACGAAAAUGAGAAUAAGAAGGGCGCAGAGCGAAAUUGUAUAUGUUCACAGUUUCCAAAUAUUACCGAAGAAGAUAUACGAAAAUUGCAAAUGAUAUUGGACCUUGCUAAAGCCAUAAACCCAGAAGUCUUAAAAGACCUUGAUAACAUUAAUAAAAAAGCUGGUUUCACCAAAAAUCGAGAGUUUAGGCUUACUUACGAACAAUAUACUGCAGUCAUCACAUCCAAGUGCGCAACUUUGAGAAAUCCAAAAGGCAAAAAAGGAACCAAUAUUUGUAUGGCCAACAGCAAUUCUACGGUUAAAUCUUCCAGGCGAAGUUUGUCGCAAAAAACAAAGUUUCACUCGAAUCAAACUAAUAGUAGCUUCAAGAAUAUGACAGAAGGAAGUAACAGCAGUAAAAGUAAAAAUUAUGAGGAAGAAAUAGUAGUGAGCAGUAGAGAAGACAUUUCGAGUGAUCAAAAUACCGAAAUAGCAGAUGAACAGCAAGGUUCUAGUGUGAAAGAGAAAUCCGAGGUGCGAAAACGAGAAGGCGACAAGAAUAAGCAGUUUAAUCAGAAGAGCAAACCUGGUGAAAAGAGGCAAUAUGAGGGAGAUCAACAAAGUCUACUGAGAAACGAAAAAGCGAAUGAAAGCAAAGAAACUGAUGGAAAUGAAGGGCACGCAAAGGAAAAGCAUCUCAGAAAAAAUCGCGAAUCUGAAGAGCAUCGUAAAAAGAACAGCAAACAUGAGAUCAAGCACCAGCAGGCUGGUAAAUCCUGCCAGAAUGAAGAGAGAAAGCAAGACAAGGAGAGAGUUAGACAUACAAGCGAGAGAAAAGAGCCGUAUGAUAAGGAACGAUACAUGAACGAAAAUUAUCGCAGAAAAAGCAGUGAACCAAUAUUUGAGAAACAGCGAGAUGGUGUAAAUGAGGUGAAUAAAGAAAGAAGGCAAAACAGAGAAAAAAGCCUCGAGAAGGUCGGACAGAAGAGCGAAAGAAAAGAAUCUGAUGGAACGGAACGACAUGAGAAAGAACAACAUGGCAAGAAAGAUACCGAACUGCUAGUUGAGAGUCGAAGAUCUGAUGGAAAAGGGCUGUAUGAGGAAAAGAAGAUAGAUAGAAAAAAAAGUGAAGGGUCAGACGGGAAAAUAGGAGCAAAAGAAUACCGGAAAAAUCGGGAUGAAGUCAAAAGUAAGAGUGAUGAUAAAAAGAAAAGACACGAGGAAGAGCAACAACGUAGAAAGAAAAGCAAAUGCGACCAAAAAGGAGAAAAAUCAGUUGAAAAGGAAUAUCGCGAAGAAGUACGAAGUGACCAGGGCAAACAAGGCACAAGAGAAAGAAAGAAACGUUAA